CACGUGGUCGCGUGGCUCUCAGCUGAGGCUGCUGCACAGGGACUAGGGGCGGCCCUGGGGUGUGGGCUUCCCCCCGGGCAGCUCCGCUCACCGCAGCUCAUGCCGGGGCUGUGGCGGGAGGGACGAUGCCACAGCCCGAGCCCCGGGGCGCCGCGGUCCUGGGCUGCCGGAGUCGCGGAGAUUGAAGAUGGCUCCUCAGUUAUGCUAGGUCUAUGAUGGGAAGUGUCACAGUUCGGUAUUUCUGUUAUGGGUGCCUUUUCACAUCUGCAACUUGGACAGUUUUACUUUUUGUUUAUUUCAACUUCAGUGAAGUGACACAACCACUUAAAAAUGUGCCCAUCAAGGGGUCUGGGCCCCAUGGACCCUUUCCAAAAAAAUUUUAUCCCCGCUUCACCCGAGGUCCAAGUCGAGUAUUAGAUCCACAGUUCAAAGCAAACAAAAUUGAUGAUGUGAUAGAUAAUCACAUUGAAGAUCCAGAAAAAGGCCACUUGAAAUUCUCUUCUGAAUUGGGUAUGAUUUUUAAUGAACGUGAUCAGGAGUUGAGAGACUUGGGCUAUCAGAAACAUGCCUUCAAUUUGCUUAUUAGUAACCGCUUGGGCUACCAUAGAGAUGUGCCAGAUACGAGGAAUGCAGCAUGUAAAGACAAGUCAUACCCGGCUGACCUGCCAGUUGCUAGUGUUGUGAUUUGUUUUUACAAUGAAGCUUUCUCUGCCUUGCUCCGGACCGUGCACAGUGUCCUGGACCGCACGCCAGCACACCUUCUCCAUGAGAUCAUCCUUGUCGAUGAUGACAGCGACUUCGAUGAUUUGAAAGGAGAACUAGAUGAAUAUGUCCAAAAAUAUCUUCCUGGAAAAAUUAAAGUAAUAAGAAAUACAAAGCGUGAGGGGUUGAUCCGAGGAAGAAUGAUCGGGGCCGCCCACGCUACAGGAGAAGUCCUCGUGUUCCUGGACAGCCACUGUGAGGUGAACGUGCUGUGGCUGCAGCCGCUGCUGGCCGCCAUCCGCGAGGACCGGCACACCGUGGUGUGCCCGGUGAUUGACAUCAUCAGUGCCGACACGCUGGCCUACAGCUCGUCCCCGGUUGUCCGUGGAGGCUUCAACUGGGGGCUGCACUUCAAAUGGGAUCUUGUUCCCCUUUCUGAGCAAGGAGGAGCGGAGGGAGCCACUGCACCGAUUAAGUCACCUACGAUGGCUGGAGGGUUAUUUGCCAUGAACAGACACUAUUUCAGUGAACUUGGACAGUAUGACAGCGGCAUGGAUAUCUGGGGAGGAGAAAACCUGGAAAUAUCAUUCCGGAUCUGGAUGUGUGGAGGUAAACUCUUCAUCAUCCCUUGCUCUAGAGUAGGACACAUUUUCCGGAAGAGGCGACCCUACGGAUCUCCUGAAGGCCAAGACACCAUGACACACAACUCUCUGAGGCUGGCCCACGUCUGGUUGGAUGAAUACAAGGAGCAGUAUUUUUCUUUAAGACCUGAUUUGAAGACCAAAAGUUACGGAAAUAUCAGUGAACGUGUUGAGUUGAGGAAGAAGUUGGGUUGUCACUCGUUUAAGUGGUAUUUGGAUAAUAUUUACCCAGAGAUGCAGAUUCCUGGGCCCAAUGCCAAAGCCCAGCAGCCCGUCUUCUUCAACAGAGGGCCAAAGCGUCCCAAAGUGCUCCGGCGUGGCAGGCUCUAUCAUUUCCAGACCAACAAGUGUCUGGUGGCCCAGGGCCGGCCCAGUCAGAAGGGAGGCCUCGUAGUGCUUAAGGCCUGUGACUACGGGGACCCAGAUCAGGUCUGGUUUUACAACGAAGAGCAUGAGUUGGUUCUCCAUAACCUGCUGUGUCUAGACGUGUCAGAGACCCGCUCGUCGGACCCGCCACGCCUCAUGAAGUGCCACGGCUCGGGCGGCUCCCAGCAGUGGGCAUUCGGGAAAAAUAACCGGCUGUACCAGGUGUCGGUCGGCCAGUGCCUGAGAGUGACGGAGCCCCUGGCGGGGAGGGGCUCCGUGGCCAUGGCCAUCUGUGACGGCUCCCCCUCGCAGCAGUGGCAUUUGGAAGGUUAAGGCCCACGCCAGGGCUGGAAAGGUGAUUCGUGGGCCGUGGAGGAAGCCGCGUGGCGCCACCUGCAGGGGGCGACGUGUCCUCUUGUUGGAGGCGGCGGGAGGCCGGGGAAGAGGACGCCACCCCCGGACGUUCAGGUCAUUCCUGAGCUGCUUUUAGAAAUUGCUCGAUUAUGCAGUAACCCAGAACACAGCUGAAGCUCUGUAGAGCCGAGUUCACACAGGACAAACCCAGGAGUGGACGUUCUUGCUGAAGUCUGUCUGCUCAUUUGAAUACCUGUAACAGUGGAAUGAGUUUAUCUGAGUAGGAACUUGUCAUGAUUUCCUUUCUUAGAACCCUUUAUAGGUCGUAGUUAAUUUAGAAUAUUCUUAAUAUGUCCUGAGUAGAUAAUUUAAAGGCUGAUUGAAUCCAUGUUACCUGUCAGGAGGCAUCAUUUAUGAGACAUAUUUAAGACGCGGUUAACUUAUCAGUCAUUUUGAUGAAUCAUGGUACUAUCUACACCUAAAAUAAAGGAUCCUUUUGAUUAUUUAAA